AUGGUCCGCAUCACCGCCCUAUCGGCCGCUGGCCUUGCCAUCGCCGGCCUCGUUUCCGCCCACCCCGGCGAGAAGCACGACCACAACAAGAUGAAGCGCGACAUCGCCCUCCGUGACGGUGUUGCCAACAUCGGCCAGCGCUCCCUCGCUUCUUGCUCCAACUCCGCCGGUGCCCAGAAGCGCCAGGCCCGCGCCGUUGAGCGCCGUGCCCAGAAGGUCAAGGAGAUCCGCGCCAAGAAGGGCCUCACUUCCCCCUCCAAGAAGUACCGCCGCGACCUCGACCAGCUCAACGCCUGGGAGGCCAUCAACCACAACAUGACCGGCCAGUCCACCAACGGCAUCUUCUCCUCCAUCGAGGACGUCUUCAGCGCCAACACCUCCUGCGUCCUCUCCCCUGAGAUCACCGGCGGCCCCUAUUACGUCGUCGGCGAGUACAUGCGCUCCAACGUCAUCGAGUCCGAGUUCUGCGACGGUGUCCCCGUCUUCCUCGAGGUCCAGUACGUCGACGUCAACACCUGCGACCCCGUCCCCCAGGUCGCCGUCGACAUCUGGAACUGCAACGCCACCGGUGUCUACUCCGGCGUCGAGUCCGGCCAGGCCGGCCUGAACACCACCUUCCUCCGUGGCAUCCAGCUCUCCGACCACGACGGUGUCGUCCAGUUCGAGACCAUCUUCCCCGGCCACUACGAGGGCCGUGCCGUCCACACCCACUUGCUGUCGCACACCAACGCGACCCUGAUGCCCAACGGCACCAUCUCCGUCUGGGAUGCUCCCGUCGCCCACAUCGGCCAGCUCUUCUGGCCCGAGUCUCUGCGCGAGACCAUCGAGGAGCUCGCUCCCUACAACACCAACACCGUCGAGGUCACCACCAACGCCGAGGACAUGUGGUCCGUCCUCCAGGCCGACGAGUCCUACGACCCCUUCCCCCAGUUCGUCUACCUCGGCGAGGAUGUCUCUGACGGUCUCUUCGCCUGGAUCCAGAUUGGCAUCAACGCCUCUGCCGACUACCAGACCGAUGACUACUACGGCGUCGCUGCCUACCUCGGCGAGGACGGUGGCCACUCUACCGGCUACACUGUCGGCGGUGGCGGUGGUGGCGGCGGCAACGGCACCGGCAACGGUACCAUGUCCGGCGCUCCCCCCUCCGGUACCGGUGCUCCCCCUUCUUAA